CUAGUCAAAUGGAUGUUUACUGUCUGCUCUUGUUUACAGAAUUCUUGAUCAUUGACCAUUGUGCACUUUUAAAUAAAAAAAAAUAUUUCUAGUCUAGAUUCUCUGGCUAGUCUACAGUAAAAUCUAGUCGUAGCUUUUAAACACACUAGCCUAGUCAUUAAUGAUCAUCAAAUCAAUGAUUCAAAAUUAUUAAAUUAGUUGAUUGACGAUUGUCAUUCAUAAUUUACUAGAUCUAGAUCUAGAUCUAGAUCUAGAUCUAUCUAUGAUCUAACUAUUUCUAUUACACUGUUACUCGAUCUAUUUACUGUUUGUUUACUGUGUAAUACUGUGUAUACUGAGUAUACUGUAUAACAACACCACAACCAUCAACUUGAUCAACUGAAACCAGAUCUAGAUCUAGAUCUAGUCUAGAAUCAAGACUAGUCUAACUUCUAAGUUAGAGUCUAAGUCUACCACUCUACCAGGCACUGAACAACCACUGGAGUGUUUGACACAGACUAACACACUGCAGUCAGUAGUGUAGAAAUCAAUGACAAAGCUGUGACAGCAGUGUUUUUCCAUUCAGUUGUGCUUCUUCACUCCACUUCUACAGGAUUUUUUUUAGUAGUCUAGGAGUCAAAGAGACCUAGAUCUAGACUUAAUACUUAUAUACUAGAUCUAUAUACUGUGUAAUAUAUUUUUAUAUAGGCCUACUCUUUAACUAGAAUGCUAGAUCUAGAAACUAGAUUUUAGUUUAGUUUAAAGUUAAAGUUAGCCAACUAGAUCUAGAGAUCUAGAUAGAUAUCUAGAUCUAAUUUAUCUUUCAACCACACUUUUAAAACUUGUUUUGCCAAUCACAAGUUAAUUUUAGAUAAAUAAAAAAAAUUGAUGUAUUAUUAGGGCCUAGUGUUAUUUUUUUUAUCCUGAUCACUAGUCUAGUACUAAGAUCUGCAAUCAACAUUUUAAAAAAAGAGAUGACAAUUACAUAAGAAUAAUUGGGAUCAAUAGUAUGACAUGAACUGCCUAGACAACCUUGAGGAGGAAGUCAUUAAAAUACUGAUAAUCGGGGACUCUGGAACUGGGAAGUCGUCAUUUAUUGACAGAUAUAUCCAUGAAAAGUUUAAUGACUACUACAAACCUACUCUUGGUGUUGAUUUUGCUAUAAAAAGAAUAAAAACACAUGAGGGGAAACAUGUCAAAUUGCAGUUCUGGGAUAUUGCUGGCCAAGACAGGUUUCCCCUGCUGACCAGGUCCUACUACAGGUACGCUCGUGGCUGUCUGAUUGUAUUUGACCUGACGGACGUCGCCAGCUUUAACAACGUCAAGAGGUGGAAGUCAUGCAUUGAGUCCAACUGUGACGCUGAUUCAGAAGUCCCAUGUAUUCUUGUAGCCAACAAGCACCCAAGUAAGGCAACUACUGUUGCUGAUUUAAAAGAGGAGAGAAGAAUUAGCUACCCUGAGAUUGAGGAUAUGUGUAAUGAAUUAAAUUUUGUGCAGUGGACUGAAACAUCUGUAAAAACAGGAUUGAUGCUUCAAGAGACUGUACAAUACCUGAUUGAUGUGAUACUAGGCAACUCUCCCAAGUUCUAUACACCCUCAGAGUAUGAAGUCGUGGAUAAAAAAUCCAUUGUGGACAUUGCAAUAGAGACAAAUGUGAACACACCUUCCAAGACCAGCUGUGUUUUCUGUAGCUAAGUCUGUCCUGUGUUUUCUGUAGCUAAGUCUGUCCUGUGUUUUCUGUAGCUAAGUCUGUCCUGUGUUUUCUGUAGCUAAGUCUGUCCUGUGUUUUCUGUAGCUAAGUCUGUCCUGUGUUUUCUGUAUCUAAGUCUGUCCUGUGUUUUCUGUAGCUAAGUCUGUCCUGUGUUUUCUGUAGCUAAGUCUGUCCUGUGUUUUCUGUAGCUAAGUCUGUCCUGUGUUUUCUGUAGCUAAGUCUGUCCUGUGUUUUCUGUAGCUAAGUCUGUUCUGUGUUUUCUGGGUGUUGUACAGCUGUUGUUUUGUGUACAAAUGGCAUGGUUGAUGUUGUGGCUUUUUGUCCUGAAACUGAGAGUAGCUGGUUGGUCCAGGACUGACCAUUAAUUGGAGGACAUCAAAUCCAGGACUGACCAUUGAAGGACAUCAAAUCUAGGACUGACCAGUGGUAUUCAAGAGAUGAGUCAAACCUUUCAUGUUAUCAGCUGUGACAUUUUUAACACUGGGUAGGUCGACAAAGUUAUUGGUUGAUAGUCUGUCAGCCAAUAAGUUUGUCUUAAUUAUUGGUUGAUAGACAAAAUUAUUGGUUAGCCAAUAAGUUUGUCUAAAUUAUUGGUUGAUAGACAAAAUUAUUGAUGACACGACAGGAAUUUUUUUACACUACUAGUAACAGUGGCGUUGCCAGUUUGGGUGGCACCUAUUGCUGCACCUAAUUGUGUCACCCCCCCCUCUCAAAGAGAAAGUAAGAAGAAAAAAUAUAUUUAUGCCAUAUACACUUGUAAUAUACAUGUGUAUAUUUAAAUAUAUUUUUUUUCUGGAUUUUUUGAAGCUACGCACUUUAGGGCUGAACUUUGUCCUUUUUUUUUUAAUGUAUGGAAAAAUGAGUAACAUUCCGACAAAAUAUUUUUUUUACAACAUUUGAAUCUGCUAGAAGCUCUUUAUUUAUUACUAGCCGUCGGUACCCGUUACACUUGAAUUAUAGAACUAAUGUUAAAAAUGUUUGAGAAAAAUAUUUUAUAAAAUAGUUAUUGGUCAAAACUCAAUGUGCUUUACUACACAUUUAUAUUAGUGACAAGCAAAGAAAUAACUAAAUAGCUAAAGUCCGCACAAAUAAAAUAACAUAGGCUACCAAUACCUACCGGUUGUUCAAUGGUAUUUCUGUUGUUUUUUAAAGUGAUUUGUAUUACUUUUGGCCGAGAAUAUUGUAUACAUUUCAUAGCGUAUGUCCCGAUAAAUAGAUCUAAAGAUCUAAACCAAAACUGAAUGAAAUAGUUCAUUUGUUUAUAUUCUAAAAUUGGAAGAUGACACCAUUAGUUUUGUGUUCUUUCCGUAGUUUUACAUGUGGCAUGUGAGGUCAUUGCUUAUUGCAUUCUUUUCACAAUAAACGCUUUUCCGGUUGUAUAGUUAAAAUUCUCUUUCUACAUUAGAAUAUGCCUUUAUUUUCAUUUUCCUUUUAUUAAAUAAAAUUUAGUUAAUACAUUUAUAACAUCCACCAUAUCAUUUUUAACAAAAGUUCGUAUCUUUAAGUUCUCCAUAUGUUGCUGAACAUACUGAUCACAUCGCCUAAAAAAACUUGCGGAUAGGGAGAGAGAGAGAAGUGCGCACAUGUGUAUACUUAAUUUAUAAUCAAAUUAUUAUAAUUCAAAUAUGAUGUAUCAAAACAUUUGGCAACUCUUGAUGAAAACAUGUCAAUGUGGCAAGCAAACCAGUUUUAUUAUCUGUUGCUUGCUUUUUAUGGUUUUUGUCAUUCAUUUUUGUCUCUUAAUUAAUUUACAAUGGAUUAAUAUUUUGCUCCUUGAAAGAGUAUUGAACACUAAUUAAUCAUUUAUUUAACUGGAAUGAUCUUUUUUCUACAUUUAUUUUUCUAAUUUUUCCUUGGUGUCACCCCCCUAAAUGGUGUCACUCAGCGUGGUCCGCAUCCCCCCUUUGCUAUGCCUCGGACUAGUAUCAAGCUAAGGUAUGCAUUGUGUUAUAAAGGUUUUAAAACUCAGAAUUUGAUUAUUAAUAAAUUGUAUUUAUUCAUAUUUGUGAAAUCAUAAACACAAUAUUAUCAGCAAACAUCAUAAUAUACAUACAUGCUCAAACCAUAAGAUGAUCAUUGUUUUUAUCUUUAAAAAACUGAUGAGAAUAAUUGUCAUAAAUUAUCUUAGACUAUACACUGCAUUACAGUAACCAUAUGUGCCAUAAAGUUAGUUUGUGUACAUGCAGUUAGAGAGUAUUUGUAUACCAUGACAGUUUUAAGAUAUUUGUAAACAAAAUUAACAUUUUUACACCUAGAAAAAUUGUGUCCAUACCUUGUUUUACAAUUUGAGGCUGUGAUAUAUUUUAUGCAUUCCAAAUGUGAAAUGUCAGCUAUUGUUUAACUAUUGUUAUACUAAAAACUUUUAAAAUUUACAACUACUCUUUGUAAAACACAAAUCGGUACGGUGAAGAUUUUUUUUUUUUACAUAAUCUGAAUUACAAGCUUGCCAAUGUCAUGUUGUCAUCAUGUGUCACUGUCAUAUCAGCAUUGUCAGGGUAAGCUGUAAAUAAACUGAUUUACAAUGUCA